CCCCAUCUCUCCACAUGUAUGACUGACUUACCUGGAACUAAGAAAUAUCAAAUAAUUUAUUCAUGGAGGUUUAAAUUAUAUAGUUAAUUCGAGAGAUAUUGCAAGUUGCAACUCUCCCAUGGCGUGCCAUUUCAUGCUUGCGAAUCACCAGGCAAGGAUGCAUACUAUAUUCUGAGGAAAGCAAAGCAUCUGCUAGAAACUUAGAAUUGUUCUAUAUAAUGUCUCUCUUAUCCAUAGAAUAUACUUAGAAUUGUUCUGUAUAAUAUCUCUCUUAUCUAUAGAAUAUAGACAUUUUUUUAUGUCUGCCUUAAAUGCUUAAGAAUUAAGAUCUCUAUUUCAACAGAAGAAGAGUCAAUGGAGGACUCUGGUGCUGAGUUCGCAGGCUUCCAAGUUUGUUUUCACAAAGAUGAACUGGUGUUUAGAAGGUCACUUAGCAGGCUGCAAAGGCGAGCACCUCGUCCUCUGCAGGUGAGGCCUAAUGAUUCUCUUGAACGCAGGGCUGCAUUACAAGAAAUGGAGUGCAGUUUAAAUUCAUUACAAUCAUCAUCAUCAUCAUCAUCACCAGCAGCAGCAGCAGCAGCUGCAGCAGCGUCUUCAUCUUCAUUUAAUUCAUUAAUCUAUCAAAGUAAAGAUCCGAUUCCUCUACUAUCUCCUCUUGUUUUGCCUUCUUCUCUUGAAUCAUCUUAUCUUCAUCAAGAAGGAAAUACAGAAAAAUGAGUCUUAUUUUCCUGUGUUUCACAUUGGAUAUCGUGUAUAUAUAAUAGAUUUGUAUUUGUUGAUAAUUCUUAUUCUUCUGUUUCUUGCUUCCUAUUUUGUAAAAAUGAGAAAUGUUCUUUGCUAAUUUUAGAGUUUUAAGUGAUCUAUUGAACAUUUGAAGAAGCGUCAGACUUGAAGAAGCAUCUGAUUCAUGUUGAUUAUUCCCCUGAUGGCUUAGAAUAACACCAAUUAACCACGAGUAAAGCUUGAGCCAAGAUUUAUGUUCACUUGGGCCCUGGGGCAAAGUUAUUACCCUAAUACAACUCAUAAGAAGUAAAAAG